AUGACAGAACCAAUAGCCCCUAUUGAACAAACCAGACACCCAAAUACGAAGGCAGACGCAUCGCGUGAAAACACACACCUUCCUCGAAUCACAAUAACAUACUGCACGCAAUGCAAAUGGAUGCUACGCGCAGCCUACUUUGCCCAAGAACUCCUCUCAACGUUCGGCACAACCAUAGGCGAAGUCUCGCUUAGGCCAGCUACAGGUGGCAUAUUCACCGUGACUAUCGUAUCUACUAGUAGCACAGAAGAGACAUUGCUCUGGGACCGUAAGACCAAUGGCGGAUUUCCUGAAGUUAAACAACUCAAAGCCCUGGUCCGCAACAUUGUCGAUCCAACUAGGGAUCUGGGACAUGUUGAUAGGGCGCUAAAUAAAGCGAAUAAAGAUAAGGAAGAUAGUACCGUUACGAAAUCAGAGAAUAGUGCUGAGAAACAGCAGGUUGGUGCCGAUGCUACUGCUGCUGCUUCCACUGCUACUCAGACAGAUGAGAAAGAAGAGGAUCUUCCUCUCAAACCUCAAGAGCCAUGCGAGGAUUGUCAAUAA